AUGGAUCACAACGGUGGAAAUUUCUCAUCGCCAUGGGCUGCUGUGCUAGGCCAUCAUCCAAUGACUCCCGAUCCAAGCUUUGCACAUCACGGCUUGCCCAUGGAUUUGCAUGUUUCACAAGGCUUUUCCUACUACAGAAGUGGAGAUGAAAUGAAAAUGAAAAAAGAAAAAAAAGUUAGCCGUGUGAUUAUCGAACUAUUGAAUGAUAAUACGGGACAUUAA